AGGGGGCGGGCGGAGGGGGAGGGGAGGGCGAGGCCGGGGCACCUCCCCCUUUAUAACGCGCCCCCUCCCGGGCUCUUGGGCCGCCUCCUCGUCGGCUCUUCCCGUCUCGCCCCCUCGCCCGGCCGCCCCGGGCCCGGGCCCGGCCAGGGAGCCCCCAGGCCGCGGCUCGGGGGCCGCCCCUCCGCCCGCCGCCCCGCGCAGCCCGGCGGAGGCGGCGCCGUCGGAGGAGGAGGAGCAGGGCACUGCGGCUGGCCCCGGAUCGGGCGCCAGAGCGGCAGCGGCUUCGGCAGCAGCGGCGGCCCGGGCCGAUGCAGCGGGACGCACCGCCCCGAGCCCCAGCCCCGGCGCCCCGGCUCCCCGCGCCCCCGAUCGGGGCCGCCACCAACAGUGGCGGCGGCGGAGGCGGGGGCAGCGGCGGCGGCGGAGGCUCCUCUGCAGCUCCGGCUCCUCCUGGCCUCCCGGGAACUACAAGUCCCAGGGGGCCUGGCGGCGGGCGGCGGGCGGAAGAGGCGGGGUCGGCGCCGCGAGGCCGGAAGUGGCCGUGGAGGCGGAAGUGGCGCGGCCGCGGAGGGGCCUGGAGCACGGUGGCGGGGCCCGGAGCGGGAGCAGCGGCGGCGGCGGCGGCUGGGGGCGGCGGCGGCGGCGGCGGCGGUGGCGGCGGCGGUGGCGGAGGCGGCGCGCUGGAGGCAGCCAUGGCAAAGCAGUACGACUCGGUGGAGUGCCCCUUUUGUGAUGAGGUGACCAAAUACGAGAAGCUCGCUAAGAUCGGCCAAGGCACCUUCGGGGAGGUAUUUAAGGCAAAGCACCGUAAGACCGGCAAAAAGGUGGCUCUGAAGAAAGUGCUGAUGGAGAACGAGAAGGAGGGGUUCCCCAUUACAGCCUUGCGGGAAAUCAAGAUCCUCCAACUUCUAAAACACGAGAAUGUGGUCAACUUGAUUGAGAUCUGUCGAACCAAAGCUUCCCCCUACAACCGCUGCAAAGGCAGUAUAUACCUAGUGUUUGACUUCUGCGAGCAUGACCUUGCUGGGCUGCUGAGCAAUGUCUUAGUCAAGUUCACACUGUCCGAGAUCAAGAAGGUCAUGCAGAUGUUGCUCAACGGCCUCUACUACAUCCACAGAAACAAGAUCCUGCACAGGGACAUGAAGGCGGCUAAUGUGCUCAUCACUCGCGAUGGGGUUCUGAAGCUGGCAGACUUUGGGCUGGCCCGGGCCUUCAGCCUGGCCAAGAACAGCCAGCCCAACCGCUAUACCAACCGUGUGGUGACGCUCUGGUACCGGCCCCCGGAGCUGUUGCUCGGGGAGCGGGACUACGGCCCCCCCAUUGACCUGUGGGGUGCUGGGUGCAUCAUGGCGGAGAUGUGGACCCGCAGCCCUAUCAUGCAGGGCAACACCGAGCAGCACCAGCUUGCCCUCAUCAGCCAGCUCUGUGGCUCCAUCACCCCUGAGGUGUGGCCCAACGUGGACAAAUACGAGCUGUUUGAGAAGUUGGACCUGGUUAAGGGCCAGAAACGGAAAGUGAAGGACAGGCUGAAGGCCUACGUGCGGGACCCCUACGCGCUGGAUCUCAUCGACAAGCUGCUGGUGCUGGACCCCGCACAGCGCAUCGACAGUGACGAUGCCCUCAACCACGACUUCUUCUGGUCUGACCCCAUGCCCUCAGAUCUCAAGGGCAUGCUCUCCACGCACCUGACGUCCAUGUUCGAGUAUCUGGCGCCGCCACGCCGGAAGGGCAGCCAGAUCACCCAGCAGUCCACCAACCAGAGCCGCAAUCCCGCCACCACCAACCAGACGGAAUUUGAGCGUGUCUUCUGAGGGCCGGCUGCCCGCCCUUUUCGUUAGGGCAGUUUUAUUUUUCCUUCUGCUAUGUGACUUGCAUUGUGGAGAUGAUGGGGCAUUUGAGUUUUCUCUAGUGCUUAUUUUAUUUCCUCCCUACUCUGGGCACUGGGAACACCAGCUGAGCGAACUGGAGGAAAGCUUUGGCUGAAAGUCCCGGAGGGCACUGGGGUGCCUCGCCUUGUUCCCUGGCUUUCGAGAUGAUGCCCAGAGGGUCUCCGUUUACUUUCAGACAGGAAUGGGGUGGGAGGAGAGGCACACCCCACCAGUGACUUUGUAAAGAGAGUUCCCAGUGUGGUAGGAGGAAGGGACAGGUCCCUCACCUGUUGCCAGCCCUCCUCUCAGGUGAGAAACUGGCGUGGGAGGCGGAACCAGCCCUGGGAGUGGGCUGCUCUUGGCCCAACCCUCCGAAGCCCCGGGGCUGGCAAAAACUUGGUUUAUUCAAUAGAGAAUUUUAUCGUGUUUCUUUUGCUCAGUUUGGAGGCAUUCCUGGACAGUUUGGUCAGUUAUAAUUAAAGUUGACUUUUUUUUUUUCAGUAA